AUGGCCAGUGUAGUGGCUAUCACUAAGGAGAAGUUGCUGGGAAAACUAGAAGUACAAAAGGUGGUUAAAUCACGUGGACUGGAUGGACUAUAUACCUGGGUUCUGAAGGAGAUAGCUGAGGAGACUAUAGAGGAAUUGCUGAUCAUCUGGAGUCAGGGAGGGCCCCAGAGGACUGGAAAUGAUUACACUGGAAAGCGAAAAGCCGACGUUGCCAUUUGUUUGCAAGUCUUGGAUGAAGUUACAGAAGUGCAGUCUACGAAACCAUACGAAAAGGAGGAUUGCUGGACUACUGUAGCCAACUGUAUGAGUCCAUACAGACUACAUUCAACAUCAUGCACAAAUCUAGAUGACAUGGUUACAUCAAAUUCUACUAGUUGUGUGCAGUACAGGGUCAAAAAUGUUUUAGCCACUCCAACUAGAGCUUCACCAUUACCAGCAUUGUGCUGGGGAAAUCAUGAAGAAGUAUGGAAUAUCCUUCUGAAGAAGGAGCAGGCUUACUUGAGAGACAAAGAUGUUUUCCAAAAGCAUCCCUUGUAACCUAAGAUGAGAGCUAUUCUUCUUGAUUGGUUAAUGGAGGUUUGCGAAGUCUACAAGCUACACAGAGAGACACUUUAUUUAGCCCAGGACUUUUUCGUUAGGUUUAUGGCAACACAACAAAAUGUUGUGAAGACUCAAUUACAGCUUAUUGGUAUUUCAGCUUUAUUUAUUGCUGCAAAGCUAGAGGAAAUCUACCCAACAAAGCUGCACCAGUUUGCCUAUGUUACUGAUGGAGCUUGCACAGAAGAAGAAAUCCUUAACAUGGAACUUGUUGUUCUGAAGGCUCUCCGAUGGAAUCUGUGA